CGCCCGAAACAACUUCAGUUCAGUCUUGGCAAUUGGCAUACAGAAAGAAAGCGUAAUUUACGUGCUCUAGUAUUUUAUUUCACAGUUGCUAAGUGCUUCACAAUGGCUAAAAGGAAGAAUAAACCGUUCUUAGAUUCGGACGCCAGCAGCGAGUCCGAUAUGGAUUCUCAAUUUCUAAACUUGGCAAAGAAGAAAAAGAAGCCAGGAGAAUCCCCGCCAGCUAAGUUUAACAGCAAGUCUUCGGACAGUGAAUCUGACAAUGAGGGAGGCAGCAGAAGAAAUUCAAAAUCCUCAUCAUCGUCAAGCUCCGACUCCGACAGUGAUGCAGAUAGUUCCUCGUCCAAGAAAGGCCGGACCUCCCGGAAAGCUUCCACGGACCAUUCAGACGACAAUCGGAAGAAGCCUGAGCCUAAAAAGAGUGAGAUGCGGAAGAGUACUGAUAGUGCUGGGUCCGGGAAGAAGAAGGAUGUUUAUAGUGAACCAGAAGAAGGUGAAGUUUCAUCACACUCUUCGGACAAUGAUUCAAUUGACUCUGAAGAGGAGUUUGAUGACGGUUAUGAUGAGAACCUGAUGGGGGAUGAAGAGGAUAGGGCACGCCUCGCCGCUAUGUCAGAAAAGGAGAGAGAGCAGGAGAUCUUCAAACGUAUCGAGCGGAGAGAUCUUAUGAAAACCAGAUGGGAGAUCGAACGAAAACUGCGUCUCGCCCGACGUUCAGCCACAGAGCGCUCGUCCUCACCGGGAGAAAUAGCCAGGAGACGAGACGCAAGGAAACAGAGGAAGCAGAAGCAGGAACAAAAACAAGCUAAAGCUGCCGCCGCCGCUGCAGCCGAGGCGGUAGACAAGGACAAAGAACCAGAGAAAGAGAAGGAAGCACCUCCGCCCAGCCCGGGAGAGAUCCUAGAUGACCCUAAAGAUUCCGAACCAUCAGAGCGUUCAGUCCCCCUAUUCGGUGCGAAAACGGAGCGUAAACGCAACGUCGACGACCGACGGCAAAACGCCAUGGCGGCUUUGCGGGCCCAGCGCGACGCUAAAGUCACUAGGGAUAACCUGGCGAGGAAACGAAGGGAGGCAGAACAGAAGGAUAAGGACAAGGAUGAUGAUGAUGAUGCAGAUGAAGAAUUGAUAGGCGGCUCGAGCAAACAGAGCGUCAAGUUGAAAGCGUCUGACAUCUAUUCUGACGACUCAGGAUCUGAUUCAGAUGAUAACAAAUCACAAGGUCGUGGUCGUCGCUCCAGUGCGUCAUCCAGUUCUUCUUCAUCAGGCGGAGAAGAGACAGAAAAAAGAGAGAACGAGAGGAAGAAAGAAGUAAAAUACGCGGACAGCAGAGAUCAGAUCAACAAACUUAGGUUAAGCAGGUUUAAAUUAGAAAGACUAGUGCACCUACCAUUCUUCGCCCGAGUGGUUACAGGGUGUUUCGUCAGAAUCGGCAUCGGGAACAAUAAUGGAAAUCCUGUAUACAGGGUAGCAGAAAUCAUAGACGUAUAUGAAACAGCAAAAGUAUACAAUUUGGGAAACACGCGAACAAAUAAAGGUCUAAAGUUACGACACGGGACACAAGACAGAGUAUUCCGAUUGGAGUUCGUCAGUAAUCAGGAGUUCACAGACAGCGAGUUCCAGAAAUGGCACAAAGCGAUAAAGGACGCGAACAAAAAACCACCCACCAUGGACUUUGUUAGGACCAAGAUUUCAGAGGUUAAGGAAGCGCUUAUGUAUGAGUUUAAGGAAGAAGAUGUAGAAAAAAUGGUACAAGAAAAAGAAAGGUUUAGAUCACAUCCCACAAACUACGCUAUGAAGAAAACACAGCUCAUGAAAGAAAGAGACGUCGCACAAUUAAGGGGCGACGAUGAAACAGUAUUCGAUCUAAACGCCAAAAUACAAGAGUUAGAAGAACGAGCGAACCACCUCGACAAAACUAGAACAUCGUCCAUACAGAGCAUAUCGUACAUCAAUAAUAGGAACAGGAAAAUGAACGUGGAAUCAGCGGAGAAAGCUAUUAUGGAAGAGGUAAAAGCAAUGAAAGGCAAGAAAACAGACGAUCCUUUCACCAGGCGGCACACGAAACCUGUCAUGAACUUCAAAUCUCACCAGGGAGGCAGAGCACAGGAAAUGAUGAGAAACGAGGAAGCGGCUGCGGAGGAGAUGAAACAAAAAGCGGAAGAGGAAAAAGCGCAUAACCCAGAAUCAGAAAAGCCGAAAUCGCAGUCAACAGACAACGCAAGCAUGUACUCGCUACACGAUUUCGACAUCAGCAUCGAUUUGGACCUCCCCGUCGGCGUCGGUAGCAAAGUCAGUUCAAAUGUAACACCAAAGCCAGCGGUCACAGCGAAAGUCAAAGAGAGCGGUCCUAAACGAUCGCUCAACCUCGAAGAAUACAAGAAGAGACAUGGGCUCAUAUAGUAUGUGAUUUUUAGAUAUAAUUUCUAUAUUUGCCAGUUGUGACAAUGAUGAUGAUUUUAAUUUAGAUUUUUGCGAAAAAUUUGGCAUUAUGGUGCGCCCACACUGGGUUUAAAAAUGUUAUAAAUGGUGUGACAAGGACAGCGAGUUAUAUAUAACAUUGACUAGCUUUUGCCCGUGGCUUCGCUCGCGUAAAAUUCGAAGAGAGCUGAAUACUCCAUACAAAC